GUCCCCCAGAGAUCUUUCAGUACUGAUCUCCUCUGCCAUUUGUGAGACAGACUAACUCGGCACUCUUAACUUUUGGAGAAGGUCUUAUUUUUGCCUUUUUUAAUUAUUGUUUUGUUUAUUGCUUAUUUGUUUUAUUAGUGCAGUGAAACCCACUCUUCUUCACCUUUUCUUUUUCACACCCCUGGAUCUUUUUCCUCUUCUGUUUGGAUUCUAAAACUUCUCAGUCUGGUACUUUCUUGAUUCAGAAAGCUCUCCUUUCCCUCUCUCUCCUCCUGGUCUCCCAUCCCUUAGUGGUUCCUUUUUUUUCUGUCCUUUUCUCUGGCUAUGCACCAUGCUGUCCUCCCCUACUGUGAUCCUUCAGCCCUAUGGACUCCCUGUUUACCCCCAGACAGCCUCCUGCUACCCCAGCAUUGUACAGGGUGCCGCCGCCCAAGAGGCGGGGCCAGGCAAUGGUGACCCUUCACUUCCUCAGGUCUAUGCCCAACCCCCUUCAUACCCUCCACCUGGACAAGCCCCACCCACACCUGCUGCCCGACUGCCACCCCUCGAUUUCACUGCUGCCCACCCAAACCCUGAAUAUGCAGAUCAUCAUCAAUUGAGAGUCUAUCAGGGCCCUCAGCACGACGGGACGGAGUCUAUACCUGCCAAUAACACAGAUGAUUCUUUGGCACCUGUAACAUCGGACCCACAGUCUCUUACUGUGGCAUCUGGAAGUGGAACAGGAAGUGGAAGUGAGGAGGAAGGAGCUGGGAAGGCCCAACCCAAAAGGCUCCAUGUUUCCAAUAUCCCCUUUAGGUUUCGGGACCCAGACCUGAGGCAGAUGUUUGGGCAAUUUGGCAAGAUUCUAGAUGUGGAGAUCAUCUUUAAUGAGAGAGGGUCAAAGGGUUUUGGAUUUGUGACAUUCGAGAGUGCAGGGGAGGCAGAUAGAGCGAGAGAGAAGCUCAACGGAACGAUCGUCGAGGGAAGGAAGAUUGAGGUGAACAACGCCACAGCGAGGGUGGUAACAAAAAAGCCCCAGACGCCAUUAGUGAACGCUGCUGGGUGGAAAAUCAAUCAAGUAAUGGGGGCCAUGUACGCCCCGGAACUUUACACAGUCGCCAGCUUCCCUUAUGCUGUUCCCACACCGACCUUGGCCUACAGAGGCUCUGGCCUCCGUGGACGUGGUCGGGCAGUCUACAAUACAAUCCGCUCCGCUACAGCCGCAGCCACACCAGCUGCAGUACCAGCCUAUCCCGGAGUGGUGUAUCAAGACGGAUUGUAUGGUGCCGAGGUCUAUGGAGGAUAUCCAGCUACAUAUCGAGUGGCCCAGUCGGCCUCAGCAGCUGCAACGGCCACAUACAGUGAUGGAUAUGGAAGAGUCUAUACCACAACAACAGACCCCUACCAUCACUCAGUGGGACCCACCACCACUUAUGGAGUUGGAACAAUGGCAAGUUUGUACCGUGGAGGCUACAACCGCUUUACUCCGUACUGAACGAAAACCACUCUUUGACUCACUUCUGCUUAUAUUGGCUAGGAAAUGACGAGACUUCAUGAACCACUGUCUUCUGAGGAACCAUUUGACCUUAAGAUUGUAAAUACUGCUGAUAUUUAUUGAGGAAAACAGACAAAUCCAGCCUGAAAAUAUAAUUAUUUAUAUUUAGGGACUUUUAUUUAAUUCCUAAUUUAAGAAAAUAUCCCAUCAAAAAAAAAAAGUACAUACAUACUUUUCAGACUGCACAGUGUCUAGCUUAUUAUAGUGUUGUUGUUAUCGAAAGCACAUACUGAUACUAUCAUAAUGGUGCCAUGAUAAGGAAGUCAUCAUGUGCUCAUAGAGGCUCACAGGUAGAUGACAGGCCUCACCAAGCGGCCCAACACUGUAAUUUUAUUAUAACCU